UGACAAACACACACACAAACACACACGUACAUACACAAAACAUACUCGUAGAUACAAAGUAAAAACCGACAUUGGCAGCACUUUUAUUUUGAGAAGACGAGAAAAGGCAAGAGAAAAACAAGCUGAAGAAGAAGAAGAAUAAGCAACAACAGACGGAGACGUAGAAGAAGAAGAAGAAGUACCAUACCAUACCAUAAUGGAUAGGGACAAUUUACCCCGCGUACCGGACACACACGGCGAUGUGGUCGAUGAGAAAUUAUUCUCGGAUCUAUAUAUACGUACCAGCUGGGUGGAUGCCCAAGUGGCGCUCGAUCAAAUUGAUAAGGGCAAAGCGCGUGGCAACCGCACGGCAAUCUAUCUGCGCUCAGUAUUUCAAUCCCACCUCGAACAACUUGGCAGCUCAGUGCAAAAGCAUGCGGGCAAGGUCCUAUUUGUGGCCAUUCUAGUACUUAGCACCUUUUGUGUGGGCCUCAAAAGUGCACAGAUACACUCAAAAGUCCAUCAAUUAUGGAUACAAGAAGGCGGACGACUCGAAUCCGAGUUGGCAUAUACACAGAAAACUAUCGGUGAGGUUGAAUCGACGACGCAUCAACUGGUAAUACAAACGGCACAUGAUCCGAAUGCCUCAGUGCUGCAUCCGCAGGCAUUAUUAUCACAUUUAGAGGUCCUUGUUAAAGCGACAUCGGUGAAAGUUCAUAUGUACGAUACAGAAUGGGGUUUACGUGAUAUGUGCAAUUCCCCAAGUACACCAAGUUUCGAAGGACACUCUUACAUAGAGGAUACACUGCAACGAAUGUCGCCAUGUUCGAUCAUAACACCUUUGGAUUGUUUUUGGGAGGGCAGUCAGCUACUUGGACCCGAAGUGCCAGUCUAUAUACCAUUCCUUAAUGAACGACAUGUGUGGAGCAGUUUGAAUCCCACUUAUGUGAUGCAAUUUAUGAAGAAACAACUUUCGGAGCAACAAAUUAGUUUCGAUUUCGAUACAGUGGAACAAUAUUUGAAACGUGCUGGCAUUAGUAGUGGCUACAUGGAGAAACCAUGUCUUAAUCCUCUCAACCCGAAAUGUCCACAAACCGCACCGAAUAAGAAUAGUGCCCAACCACCGGAUGUCGGAGCCAUACUAUCUGGAGGAUGUUAUGGUUAUGCUGCCAAGCAUAUGCAUUGGCCCGAGGAGCUAAUUGUGGGUGGCGCCCAACGUAAUCGUAGCGCACAUUUACGCAAAGCCAAGGCCCUGCAAACUGUUGUACAAUUGAUGACCGAAAAAGAGAUGUACGAUCAGUGGUGGGAUAAUUUCAAGGUACAUCAUAUUGGUUGGACCCAGGAGAAGGCGGCCGAAGUUUUGAAUGCCUGGCAAAGGAAUUUCUCACGCGAAGUGGAACAAUUGUUGAGGAAAAACUCACGCAUUGCGGCCAACUAUGAUGUGUAUGUGUUCAGUUCGGCCACUCUGGAUGAUAUAUUGGCCAAGUAUUCGCAUCCGCGUGCCUGGAAUAUAGUGAUUGGUGUGGCCAUUACCGUUCUCUAUGCCUUCUGUACACUCUUGCGUUGGCGCGAUCCAGUCCGCGGUCAGAGUAGUGUGGGUGUGGCUGGUGUUUUGUUGAUGUGCUUCAGUACUGCAGCCGGUUUGGGUCUAUGUGCCCUCUUGGGCAUUGUUUUCAAUGCCGCCAGCACUCAGGUGGUACCUUUCUUGGCCCUCGGUCUUGGGGUGGAUCACAUCUUUAUGCUGACGGCUGCCUAUGCGGAGAGUAAUCGAAAGGAGCAAACGAAAUUGAUAUUGAAGAAAGUUGGACCGAGCAUAUUGUUCAGUGCCUGCAGCACGGCGGGUUCAUUUUUUGCUGCUGCUUUCAUACCAGUGCCAGCCUUAAAGGUAUUCUCAUUGCAGGCGGCCAUUGUAAUGUGUUUCAAUGUCGCUGCAGCUUUGCUAGUAUUCCCGGCUCUAAUAUCCCUCGACUUGAGACGACGCACGGCUGGCAGAGCGGAUAUUUUCUGCUGUUGCUUUCCCAUUUGGAAGGAACCAGCUGUACUCCAGCCACCCAUGCAUAUGAACAAUAAUAAUAAUAGCAUCAAUAGCAAUCGUCAGAAUCGUCAUGUCAAGAAUUGUAAUCAUACUCCACGUAGUGGUAGCGCAGGUGGCGGUGCUGUGGUUCAGAAUCCUUUGCUGGAGACGCGUGUUAAUGUGCCCAUGAAGACACAUCCAAGCAUCACUUCCUCACUGUUGCCCUCGUUUUCGUUGUCACACUUUGCCUACAAAUACUAUACACCAUUCCUGAUGCUGAGUUGGGUUAAAUUUCUGGCUGUCAUGGGUUUCAUAAGUGCCCUAAUCUUUAGCCUCUAUGCCUCGACGAGAUUACAAGACGGCUUGGAUAUCAUAGAUCUGGUGCCAAAGGAAAGUCAAGAGCAUAAAUUUCUGGAUGCGCAAACUCGCCUCUUUGGCUUCUAUAGCAUGUAUGCGGUGACCCAAGGAAAUUUCGAGUAUCCAACGCAGCAGCAACUGUUACGAGAUUAUCAUGAUGCCUUUGUACGUGUACCCCAUGUGAUUAAGAAUGAUAAUGGUGGCUUACCCGACUUUUGGUUACUACUCUUUCGCGAUUGGUUGAGUAAUUUGCAACGCAUUUUCGACGAGGAAUUCAAAGAUGGACGCCUGACCAAAGAGAGUUGGCACACAAAUGCAAGUAGCGAUGCCAUUUUGGCCUACAAAUUGAUUGUACAAACAGGCUAUGUGGAUAAUCCAGUCGAUAAGAGUCUUGUGGAAACAAAUCGUUUAGUCAGCGAGGGUAUUAUCAAUCCAAAGGCAUUCUAUAACUAUCUCUCUGCCUGGGCCUACAAUGAUGUUUUUGCCUAUGGAGCUUCACAGGCCAAACUGUAUCCGGAACCACGUCAGUAUUAUCAUGUACCAUCCGAAUAUGAUCUAAAGAUUCCCAAAAGUCUGCCUCUAACCUAUGCCCAGAUGCCUUUCUAUUUGCAUGGCUUGACAAAUACAUCGGAAAUUAAGAGUUUGAUCAGUCACAUACGUGAUUUGAGUCUUAAAUUUGAGGGCUUUGGUCUGCCCAAUUAUCCAUCGGGUAUUCCCUUUAUAUUCUGGGAACAAUAUAUGACUUUACGCUCCUCAUUGGCCAUGAUUUUGGCUUGUGCUUUUGUGGCCGCUUUAGUAUUGGUUUCCCUGCUCUUGCUCUCGGUGUGGGCAGCAGUUUUGGUAAUCAUAAGUGUGUUGGCUUCUUUGGCACAAAUAUUUGGAGCCAUGACCUUGUUGGGCAUUAAAUUAUCAGCUAUACCCGCUGUCAUACUCAUACUUAGUGUGGGAAUGAUGCUGUGUUUCAAUGUGCACAUCUCAUUGGGCUUUAUGACUUCAUUGGGCAAUCGACAGCGUCGCAUACACUUGGCCAUGCAAAUGGGUUUGGGUCCCUUGGUCCAUGGCAUGUUGACUUCGGGGGUGGCUGUCUUUAUGCUCUCCACAUCGCCUUUUGAGUUUGUUCUGCGUCACUUCUGUUGGCUGCUCUUGGUCGUACUCUGUGUUGGAGCCUGUAACAGUCUGAUUGUAUUUCCCAUAAUGCUGAGUAUGUUGGGCCCGGAGGCAGAGUUGGUACCAUUAGAGCAUCCCGAUCGUAUAUCUACCCCAUCACCUUUACCGCAACGCAGUUCGAAACGCAACUCGAACAAAUCGUUCAUUGUGAAUGGUUCUCGUUCAUCAUCGUCGCGUAACAAUUGCCAGAAAUCGCAUCAUUAUCACAAGGAUGUGAAUAUUAAUGAUCCAUCGUUGACAACCAUUACGGAAGAGCCGCAGUCAUGGAAAUCGAGCAAUUCGUCCAUACAAAUGCAUAAUGAUUGGAGCACUCCAGUGAAUAAUAUGAAUGUGAAUUAUCAACAACAACAUCAAUCCUAUGGAGGUCAUGGUGGUCCUCCACCUCAAACGCAACCACCGCCAUCGUAUCAUAAGGCUUCCCAGCAGCAGCAGCAACAGCAGCCUCCGUGCAAUUAUCCGCCGGAGUUGCAAAGUAUUGUGGUUCAACCGGAGGUUACUGUGGAGACCACCCACUCGGAUAGUAAUACCACCAAGGUAACGGCCACGGCCAAUAUCAAGGUGGAGCUGGUCACACCCGGACGAGCCGUACGCAGUUAUAACUUUACGAGUUAGCACUUAGUUCCUGUAGUAUCCUAGUUCUUUUUUUGCUGUAUAUGUGUAUGUGCAUGUUAGUUAAUUUCUCCACCGUACCCAGCCCCCUCUACCCCCAUCCAACUUUCCUCAUGUAGAUUGUAAGUAUAGUUUAAGAGCUGCUAAAAAAACAAAAAAACAACUUUCAAUCCCCUCCAGAAACAAACCCAAUUGAUCCCACCCCCCCACCAUCUCCCUCUUGUGUCCCCUGCCUAGCAGCUUCUUCUUUUAGCAUCUAAGGCAUUUUUUAUACAUUUAUAGAAAUAUUUAUUGUAAUUGUAACCACAUCGAGCUAUGUACUUACAUACCUACAAUUCUAAGCGAGAUUCGUACAUCAAACCACCCCCUCACCCACACCCCCUAUCUACCCCACCCACCCACUCACCGCCCACACAAAACAAAACAAAAAAGAAAAACUAGUAAUUUAUAGUUUAUAAUUUAGUUUAAAUAUGUACAUAAAACACAAGGACUUGAACCAAAAUAGUAUCGCUUAAACGACAAAACGAAAGAAAGUAAGAAAGUUAAAAAGUGGGAAUUCCCCGAUGAAAUCCCUCCAACCCGCAUCCCCCAUACAAAAAAUAACAACAAAAAAAAAAAGGAAGAAACGGUGUACUUACAAUACAAAACAAAAAACAAAAAAACAAUGUAAACUAUAAAGUAACUCCGCAUUUAUGGAACUAUGUAAAUUUCUUAGACAAAGACUGAGAUUGUCUUCAAAACAACAAAAUAAAAAACACACACACUUUAUUACACAACAUUAUACAGAGUUUUUGAAAAGCGAAAACAUUACAAAUAA